AUGGCUAAUCCCGACGCUGCCGCACGAGAGGCACUGACCAUCGUAGGUGUGCUCGGAGCGAUCAUUGCAUUUUCAUUAUUUACCUGGGCAUAUAAGCGGAAUAAGAAAUCGGCCAAAGAAAAAGACAAGGAUAAAGACGAUGGGAAGAAAGAUCGAAAGAGGUCUAGAGAUGAUGAUAUAAAGAAAGAUCGAGAUAGGGAGAGAAGAGAUAGAGAGAAAGAUAGAGACGACAGAAAGAAGAAGAGGGAUGAAGAGAAACGUAGGAAAGAAGAUGAACGAAAAUCGAAUGAAUCGCCUGAGACCCCUGCUUCAACCAAGUUCGAUCCUUCCAAACAAUCCGAUUCGGAUUCCGAUGAUCAUGGCAAUGGACCAGGAGGAGGAGGGUCCGGAUCUGGCGGACCGGAAGGUGGUGGUACAGCCGUCACUCCGAAUUAUCUAAAUAGCAGUUUCAAAUUGACACCCGACUUCACACUCAACGUGAGAUCUAGCUCAGAUGAUCAACCUUAUACUGUAAGGUAUCAUGGUGAUUUCACUCCUACACCUAACACUGGCGGCGGAAGGGGUGGCGGGGGUGGCGGGGGUGGAUGGUAUCCUGGAGGAGGUGGCACGCCAUUAGGAGGAAUGAUGACAUUUCCUCAAACAGCUUCUAUACCAAUCGAACAAUCUGUCGCAGGACCUAAACCACCUUUUUCACCAUUUAUUUUGGGAACUUCUAAAACUCCUUAUGGAUUUAUGAACCAAUUGGAGAAUCAACCUAUUCUUCGUCGACCUAAGACACCAAUUGCAGUUCCAAAAUAUAAACCAUAUGUCGACAUACCCCAACCCACUUUGAUAUCUUCUUCAUCACUGUCAUCUUCUUUGGAGUCGGAAUUGGUAUCGCCACUUACGCCUGUAGAGGUUAGGACGGCAUUCAUGCCCUCUGAAAUGGAGAUUGAUCCAUUUACUUAUUCUUCGGCUAAACCUGCAAAAUCACAUUUCUCAGCUAAAGACCUACAUCAUGAUAUAGAUGAUUUACAGGAUAUCCUCCAAGGUCAACAGAAGGAAGGAGUGGAUUUGAGACCUAGAAGAUUGAGUGAGUUACUUGGUGUUCCUGGAUUGGGAGAGAGUUUGGGUCCGGGUGGAGAUGAUAGGUAUAAUCCCACGAUGUUUGGGGAUUUGGCGAGGAAUAAAAGUGAUGAGGGGAUGGUCAGUCCUAUUAGAGCUGGUAAGAAUAUGAAGGGGAUGAGUCCUAUCGAUCUAAAUCCUAUAUACAUUGCUGAGGAUGGCGAGAAGGUCAAAACUCUAUCUCCUCUCAAAGCUGAUUCACCUGAGAAGAUCAAAGAAAAAGCCAAACGACGAGAGAAAGAGAAAAAUGGUAAAACAUGGGACGAAGUGAAAGGACGAUAUGUAUCACCUAGAACUGUUGACUUACCUACUCCUUUGGCUGAAGAGGCCAAAAAGGCUAAACGGAGACAACGAGAGAUUGACAAUGCUCUUGAUGAUCACGAGAGGGUCAAAGCUAAAACCAAAAAGGAAAAAGAGAAGAUACCUAUCUCACCUGAAACAGUUAGGAAUAGAAAUAGAGUGAAGAAGAUGAAAAAGCAAAUAGUUAAAGUGAUCGAUAGGAAUACUGGUAAAAUCAGGAAUGAAGAGAUUCUCGUCACUGAUUUAUCAUCUUUCGAAACUGAAAAAGUGUCUUCACCUAGAAAGAGACGAGCCAAGGUGUCUAUAAGGGAUAGUGCGAGUGAAGGUGAGGAGCUUUACGAGAAGGAGAAGGCCAGAAAGAAGAAGAGAGAAAAGUUAAGGAGGAAAUUGAAAGGUAAAGAGAGUGAAGAUGAGUAUAUAACUGUUGAUGAGGAUGGUAAGCAAAUAAAGAAUAAGAAGAAGAGAGCCUUGAUCAGCUCGGAUGAAGAAGAUGAGAGAGUGAGAUCAAAGAGGAAAGAAAGAAAAGAGGGGUAUUAUUCUGAUGAAGAGGAUGUACGUCCCAGUAGACGUAAAGCCAAGGCGAAACGGGAGAAAGUCAGAAAUGGACGUGGUGGCGUCGAGUUGGAUGAUGAAGAUGAGGAUGAGAUGCUCUAUGAGAAAUAUACUGAUCAGACUGGUAGACCAAGAUUGAGGAAGAUCCCACAUGAUGAUCCGUAUCAGGAUUUCUAUCGGAAGAGAUCCAGAGCUAAAGCUGGUAAUGCAGCUGGAGGAGGGAUUGUUGAUUAUGAAGAAGAUAAUGAAUUGGAUAGGAUCCAACAAGGUGGACAAGGUAGAAUCAGACGACAGGUGAGACAACCUAUUUACCAAGAUGGGGAUACUAUUCCCCUGCAGAAUGUUGGAAGAGAUUACCAACAAUCUCAAUCGCAAGUGCAACAAGCUAUUCCUGACGAACCGAUUAUGGCUCAGAGAAGACGAGUCGACCAAUCGGUUUUGGAAGAUGAGAUUGCUAGAGAGAAUCCAUCAUUAGGUAGAGCAGAGAGGGAAGAAUUGGCUAAAUUGAGAUUACAGAAGAUGGAUGUCGAACAUGAGAGAGAUAAUUUCUCGACUAGAGGUAGAAAGCUUGGUCAAGAUGAUUCGAGAGUGAACGAAGAGGAGGAUGAAAAUGUGUUGGGUAGGAAAAAGAGAGAUGGGCGAUUUAACGACAUUGGUAAUCAUCAUGAAGAAGUGACUAGACCUGGUCUACAGACUAAAGCACAUCAUCUUCAAGAUGAGCUCGAAGAGAGAAAAGUUGUGGAACCGGGUCAAAGGAGAGUCGUCAAAUCCUCAGAAAAUGCUGGAGAAGGGAUGAUGGCCGAAGAGCCGCUUAAGCAGAACGAGGAGACCGUUCUUGGUCAUAGUGAGAGAAUUGAGAAAGCUCAAGGUGUUGAGACUAUGAAAGUUGAGAGUCCUCAACUACAAGUACCCGUUAAGCCACAAGGUCCAAACGAGCGGAAUCGAAAACAAUUCGAGAGACGAGAAAGAAGACGAGUUGGCCUGGAUGAUGAUGAAUCGGCGGAUGAACGGCAAAGAGAGUGCGAUGAGACUGGCGGACCGGCUCAUGAAAAUGCUAGAUCUCGUCAGGAGGUGUUUGCGCUACCUGCAGAGCCUAUCAAGGCAAGAAAGCCCCUGACGACAAAGGAUGUAUAUGAUGUUCACGAGGAGUCGAGACCUGGUGGAUCAGACCAUCACUCUCGAAUAGACGAGGCUGUACUAGAAAAUGAUCGCCUACUUCAGGGGUCGGGACAUCCAAGGAGAGGAAGCGCCACGGAAGAGCACAACGACUCUCGAUCUGAACAGGAUGGAAAACCCCAAGUCAAUGUUGAAAGGGAAGAAUCCCCUACUUUGAGACACGGUACACGAGUAAGACAACAUGAUGAAUUGGCGAGCUCUCCACCUGCUCAUGCGAGAAGGACCGAGAUCAAGGUCGAGGAAGUCGAGGAGGAUAAGCAACCCAGAGAGAGGCAGCGACCUAAGCCAUUGGCCUUGGAAGCUCCUCAUAAAGCUCCCAGGAAUGCUGCUACGGCAGACCCCUCAGAGGAGCUACAGACUCAACACAGAAGUAAAGAAAGUCCGGAUGGAUCCCAGCCUUCUCCAGUCAGAGGAUCGAAUACCCAAGAUGAUGAGAAAGCCAAACGAAGAGCAGAGGUUUUGGCUGGUGCCAAGCGAGAGCAGAGAUAUGAAACUUGGGAACAGAUCAUUGCUAGGGAAGUUAACUCUCACAAAUCUGUAGAUCCGUCAGAUAGAGUACAUGUACGUGAGAAGUCAAUGAGGAGAUGGAUGAAGAGAAAAGAUCGAAUGAUAUCUGAGAAUCCGAGACGAGGCGAAGAGGAUCUGUUGAUUGAUGUGGUGCAAGGUGUGGUGAAGAAGUACAAAAGUAAGAUGCAAAGAGAAACUCAAUCGGGAUCUAUCCCUCAAGAUCAUCAGGUUCGGGAAACGACUUCUCGGAACCAUUUAAUCGAAGCUGGUGAACCUCUACAUCGUCGACAACAAGCAAGGAAAGAAAGUUCACCUGUCAGGCAGGAAGUUCAUGCUCAAAAUGAUGGUAGAGGAGAUAAGCGAAGAAGAAGAGAGAGAAGUAUGGAUGACGUUGACACUACUCGAGAAGUUCUCGAUCUAUCAGAUCUUACUGAUGAGCAAGUACAAGAAUACAAGAGAACAGGUAAAUUACCUUCUCGCCACAUGCCUCGAAAAACCCAUGACGACACAGAAAGAGCACAGCCCAAGACCGCAAAACCCGCUCUGGGACACAGAGCUUAUCGAGACGAUGAUGACGAAGAUGAGGAUCAGCCUAGGAUGCAACUAGCUUCGACAAGACCUGGACCGAUCCCUGAUGAAGAUGCUGAUAUAGGUGCUCCAGAUGGGGCCCAUACUGCUCAAAAAGUAACAAGAAAGAAAGCUCCUUUGGCUCUUUCCGACAAACCUGAAUAUCUCACUGAAAAAGAGGAAAACAACCUUCGACCGACCAAUGAUUACAAACAGGAUUUCAGCUUAUACGAAGAUGAUCCUUAUGAAGAUGCACCAGUGAAGUCAAAGACUAGACCUAUCGUACAGUCUGAAAAAGAAAGGCCUAGACCAACCAUCAGGGAUAUUGUUGUUGAUGAGAAGCGAGGGAAAGAAAGACGAGAUUCUGGAUAUGUUUCUGAUAAAGGUGAAAAGGCUGGACUUGAGCUUCCUGAGAAACCUGUUCCCACCAAGAUCUCAAUUGGUAAUAAAGAUGCCGAAGACAAGGAUAUAUUCGAACAUACAGAAGAUGUCAGACCUGUAAAAUAUAGGUCUGAAGAGAGGCUUGGAAAGGAUAAGAAGCCCCAUGUACCUGCCCAAACGGGAUAUGAAACGAACAGAUGGCCUUUGGAAGGUAAAGAUCCGAUCCAAGAGUUCCAUGAAACAUUGAUGAAAGAGAAUCAACAUCCUUUACAAGUUCAUCAUGCUUUCGUUCCUGAUAAUAAACCAAAAAGUCAUGAUAGGAUUGAGGAAGUUUUCUCUGACGAUGAUGAAGCCCAAGCUCCGAAUGUAACUCAACCGCUGAAUAUCCCACCAAAGGGAAAGGGAACCAAACCUACCAAGCCUGGAUUGAGAUCUGACGAUGAUGCACAUGAGGAUAAGAAAGAUCUUGAGGACGAUAUUGACGCGGAGAAUACGAGAUCUGAUAUGAGGAUGAUGGGUCAUCGUGGAAGAAGGAAUGCCAAAGAAGCGAAGAAGAGAGAAAAGGCUGAAAGGCGGGAUCAGGUCCCAGACGAUUUCUACCAAUCUGAUGCUGAUGACGAUGAUGAUUCUUCGAUUAGAGGUGAUCGUAAUGCCAAACCUGAUCAACGCAGAAGCUCACCUGUCAUAAGCCCUCUUUCGCCUAAUUCUCGACAAAUCGUAGCGGAAAGGGCCAAGAUAAGGGAAGAAAGAGUGGAGCAGAAUAGAGAGGCAGUCGAUGAUUAUGAUGUAUCUGAAGAGGAGGAAAUCUCUACCACUAGACACAAGAGGAGGAAUGAGCAUCGUAGAGUAGGACGAAGGGAGCAAGAAGAAGCAAGAGGUGAGACGAAGACCAAGAAUAGAAGCAAGAUGGAGUUCGGUCAUGCUUCUAGAAGGGGAAGAAAUACUUCGAGCGAUAGGGAGAAUGAUGAUACAGAGGAGAUCUCCUUAGGAGACAGGUCGAGACGAGAUGCUGAGAGAGAUCGAGGAGAUAAAAUGGAUUCAGACGCAAUUGAAUCCUCUUCAACAGACCGAAAGGCGCCACAAAAUCGGAUGCCAGAUGAGGAAGAUGGAGACGAGACGCUUGUGGAAGAUGGGAGGGAAAGAAGCAGCAGAAGGAGGCAAGCAGAUGACAACAAAGCAAAUCAAAGUCAUGAUGACGAAGUUCCCACUAAGAUGAAACAUCCAAAAGUCGACAAGGAAAAUGCCAACCCUGACUUCGACAACCAGAAUACCAAGCCCGAUCGAUCAGUCAGGAAGGGCCGCAAAGGUGACCAGCCUAUUCAAGAUGACGAUACUGAUUCGGAUGAGGAGGAUCAAAGCAACGUAAGGACCCGAAUACCAGAGGCGGGAGGUUCAGACCAAAUGCCAGGAGAACCCAAUAGGAAUUUCCGCCACAAUGGUAGAAAGACCGGUGCACAAACAGAUUCUGACGAUUCAGACGAGGACGAUGGUACCAGAAACCAAGAUAGCAAAACCCGUAAAAAGAAUGAGGAGACUCGUGAAGCAAAAAGGGAUAUGGAGCACGACAAAGCUAAAGCUGAAGAGAGUCGUCGGAACGAAGAUGAGAAGAUGGCUCGGAGACAACAAGAAUCCAUUGAGAAGCAAAAGAAUAAAUCGAAAUCGUCCACCCACAGAGAUGACGAUGACGAUGAUGAUGCUCAUAUGAGAGAUUACAAUACUUCCCGUAUAUCCUGGAGUCCCAAAAUCCUUUUCCGAUCUGGGUGGGGUAUCCUCAAGAAUGCACCUAUUUGGUCUUCGUUUUCCGCCAUUGGAUUUAUCCUAUACGUCGAAAUCACUAGGCAACUGUAUUCCCUAUUGGCAAUUUCAUCCGGAUCACUUACAGCUGCCACUUCCGCUCCAUCUAGUGGAUCCGGUGGAUCCGGUGAAUUGACUAAACGAGCUGGUUCAGACGACGAUUUAGGAUUGGAUCUUCAACUGACACAAACUUGGUUUUCCAACCUCUUCUCCACCAACGGAGUGGAAUCUACCUCGUUCUUCAUUUUCAUCAGUUUAUGGAAUAUCCUUUGCAUUCCCCUCCUGGCAUAUCUGAUUUACUCAACACUUGAAAAAGCUUCUAACCCCAAUGAUAAAGAAAGCACAAAAUCAUGGUUAUGGCGUAAAAUCAAGAAUACCAUUGGAUCUUCGGUACAAGUCAUCUUCAUGGAUAGACGAUUAGACGGAUUUAGGUCAUUCAUCAAGCGAUUUAGUCUAUGGACAAUGAUAAGAUCAACUAUCUUCAUCUGCCAAUUGAUUGGUACAAUUCUAGUAUUCAGACAAAUUAUGAGUCUCGCUUACCUCUCUGCCAAUGGAUCAACAUCAUCUACAUUCUCAAACUCAGGAGAUGUAGUCGCUACUAUCACCUCGUUAAGUGAAUUUGCAAGUGGACUGAGUAACGGUCAAGUAUUCGGUAUAACCAAUUUCAUCUUCUUGUUAUUACUCCUCAACUUAUCUAUCUCAUGGUAUACCUUGCUUCGUUCGAAGAAGACAGCAGCUAAAGGUUCGAGAUCGAUCCUCAAAUGGAUAUCGAUCUGUAUGAUUACCACGACAUUUAUCGUUUCUUUAUUGUAUUUCCAGGAAAUCGCAAAUUACCUAAUUCAAUCUCAGAAUACGACCAAUAUGGAGGGCUCAAGUGGGACGAUCGUGCUGAUUUCAGCAAACUUCAUGUUUAUGGGUUUGUUGCCUGCUAUGGGAUAUGUGGUUUAUGAAUUGGGUAAAAUGUGGGAUAGGAAGUUCCCUAAUGGAUUUUUCAAUAGGAGGAGAGGUAGUGGCGGGUCGGGAGGGGGAAGUAGUUCGUUUUGUUGGUUAGAUUGUGGCCUCGUGUAA